UCAAUGAAUCGCUACACAGCUCUUGAUGAAACAGCAAUCUUUGGGCGAGGCUGUCGACAUGAGUUUCCUAAAAAAUUCUUAAAUUUGAAACAUGGAGAGAGAUUGAGCUAUGCAGUUUAUGUUCUCCAAGAAUUAGAGAAAGAUAAUGCUGAUAAACCUGCACUCAAAAUAAACAUAUUGUAUGAUGUUGCAUGCAUGUUAGUGAAACACUUACAGAAUUUGGAGGAUCCAAUUAUUGACAUUUUUCAAUUUUCAAUUCCAAUUUUUCACUGCUAUGGGCAUGUUGGACGAUGCCAAGUUAAAUUUAGUCCCCGUCGUAAAGAAGGAUUUGGCCUAACUGACGGUGAGAUGUUGGAGAGAUUGUGGGCUUACAUUCGCAAAUUUAGCAGAAUGACUAAAGAAAUGCGUCCAAGUCACAGAGUUGAUGUACUCAGUGAUGCUCUUUUACAUUAUGGAAAGAAAACGAAGAUUAAUUUAGGCAAUUUGCUGAUGGCAAGGAUUAAGCGAGCUGUUGACGUGGAAGAAACUGCAAAAUCAGAUAUUGAAAAGUUAUGCAGGUGCUUUCCGUCUCACAGGAUUUCAAUAGAUGAUAUUCGUGAGUGGAUGAAGGACGAAUCGACUUUUUUUGGUCGUGAAGUUGAGACUGAAAACUUUUUUUAACAAAUAUACGUAAAUCUUCAACAACUUACAGAAGAAGUUUGGAAAUGCAAGUACGUUAUAUACCUGGACUUGUACGCUGAUCUUCACCAUCGAUGGAAUGGUUGCACUGAUCCAAGUGAACUGACUGUUCGAUUUAAUCAGAUGAAAAAGUAUGUUCGAAAACUUGAACUUGUUUCUAGAGAUAUUAAAGUCUUAAACAGUGUGAAUUUAGAAAAAUGAACUGGGAAAAUUUUGAAGCUAUGUACGUCGUAACAUUGUGAAUAAUAAGUUGUAAUAUCGAAUAAAAAAUUAUUUCUUGUUUUUAUACAUACGUACAAGAAGAGAUGUAUAUGCAACUUGCAGGUGCUUGUCUGACCAUGCCUUAUAAUUGUAAUGAUUUGGUAUUUACUGUUGUAAUGAUUUGGUAUUAAAGAUCAUGGAAAGGGAAAACUCAACGUACGUACGCUGGGUAAUAUAUACAUGGGUAAUAGCCGCCCAACGUACGUACGCUGGAUAAUAAAUGCAUUGAAAAAAAACUUUUUGUUGAAUAAAUACUUUUUGAACUGUCACAUGUAACUUUUUGGUAUUUAAACAAUGUAGUAUAUGGUGAAAAUUGAUGUUAUAUAUACAUGGGAAAUAGGCGCCCAACGUACAUACGCUGGAUAAUAAAUGCAUUGAAAAAAACUUUUUGUUGAAUAAAUACCUUUUGAACUGUCAUAUAUGUAACUUUUUGGUAUUUAAACAAUGUAGUAUGUGGUGAAAAUUGAUGUUAUAUAUACAUGGGUAAUAGCCGCCCAACGUAUAUACGCUGGAUAAUAAAUGCGUUGAAAAAAAACUUUUUGUUGAAUAAAUACUUUUUGAAGUGUCAUAUGUAACUUUUUGGUAUUUAAACAAUGUAGUAUAUGGUGAAAAUGGAUGUUUUAUAUACGUGGGUAAUAGCCGUCCAACGUUCGUACGCUGGAUAAUAAAUGCGUUGAAAAAAACGUUUUGUUUAAAAAAUACUUGUUGAACUGUCA